AGCCCAAGGAGCGAUUGACAGGACACCGCCGCUCCGCUUUCACCGCUCCGUCAACGAUGCAGGUGCAGUCGCGCAGCGAGUCGAUCAACAAGCGCCGCAUGUGCGUCGCCGCCGUCCUUCUCCUCGUCAGCUUUCUCUUCGUGGUCGUGGCAUGCGCUCUUCCUGCGUUCAGCGCCGGAAGCGUCGAAUUCCCGAAAGAUGGCACAUUUUUUGGCAGGAAAUGGGGCUAUACGGCCGGCUUUGGCAUCUGGGGCGUUGGCGGAUACCUCAACGACGACACCUGCGACGCGGCCAAUGCUUUCAUCACACUCGCUGGCGGCGACAAGUGGUCUUGCUCGGACGUGGUUUCCUACCAUUGCGAGUACGUCUCGUCGCCCACGUCAGGCCAGGACUACCUUGACAACUCUCUCUGCGCCUACGCCCGCAGCAUCGCCUGGGAGACGCCCUCCUGCGACGACGACGACGACUGCGCCGGCGGCGAUACCUGCGGCCACGCUCAAGCCCUGGAUCGCGGGCGCGGAGGCGGCGUCGAUCUUGACGGUUCUGCUUGUGUUCGUCGCCUUUGUGCUCGCCUGCCACGGCUCCUGCUCCAGGCGGCCCAAGCCCUGCCUCACCGCCGCCCUCGUCGCCGCGGCGGCGGUGCUUUCGGUCGUGCCGUUUGCGCUGUGGGAGUCGAACGCCUGCGAGGCGCUGGACGACGCCGACUUGGAGUGCGGCCGCUCGUGGUCGUACGCCCUCCAGGUCUGCGGCUUCGUCGUCCUCCUCAUCUGCCUCCCCCUCUGCCUCGUCGUCAACUCGCGCAAGUAGGGGCAGGCCCUCGGCUCGGCCACCUCGUCGGAGGAGUUUGGCGCCGUCGCGCGCAGCGCUGGCGGGCGCGAGCGGCGGUCGGAGCCCCGGCCGGGUGUCUAGUAUCUAGCAUGCACGGCGCUGCCGUGGGCACGCCCGGUGUCAUCUGUCGAGUAGUGGUGCAAUGACGGCGUGGGAGAUUGUGAUUGACGGAGCGCUGUCGCGCAGGGAUUUACUUUUGUUUUCUCUGAUCUCUUCUCCCCCAUGCUACGAAAUCAGAGCAUUUUCACAUCCCACGAGGACACCCAGCAAGACCCAACAGGGCAGGUUCAGUGUAAGCGCAAGGAGGAGCUCGACGGCAGCGUCGCGUGCAGAUCCCGAAGCAGCCGACGCAGGUCGCUUGGCGAGGCCGGCCACGCUCUGCAUAAACACGCAACGCUCCUCCUUAUAUCGAGCAAUGAUCUGGCCUGCGGCAACUUGCGCUGUGCGCUGUAUGAUCGGACUUGCUGUUGCGCCGAGGAUGCGGACGUCGCAAGGCGCACAACGAAGCGCCUCUUCGCCGUUGACGGAGGCGCGCAGCAGCACGUGCGAUACCUUGGGACGCUGGAUCGGCCGCUGGACGGUCGCCGUUGCCGACAGCAGAAGCAGCAUGGCGGCAAGGACUUCGAACCGCGAAAUAAAAGAAUUCGGUUUGUGUUUCACUUCAUCAAACAAAUAAAAGAAAA